CGGGGGAAAAGUGUUGAGAGAUCUACAAAGUGGAAUUUUUUUCCUCCUUUUUUUUUUUUUUUUCAUUUUCUUUUUUUUUAAAGAAAAAAACUUUUCUUCCGCAGCCUUUGCAAAAAAAAAAAAAAAAUCCAAACUUUUGCAGAAAACUUUUCUUGACAGAGCUGGAAGAGGAGGGGGAAGCAAAGAGACCCAAUCAAAACACAAAAAUGUGCUUUCAACCAACCUCUCCAGCCGCCUAGCGCUACCUGCUCUGCAGUAUUUCAUUAUUACUUGCUGCGCUCCUGCCAGGAGCCCCUUCCGCAGAAUAACUUUGCUCCCCACUUGCCCUCCUCGCCAAGCUUUGGAAAACUGUUGGGGGGCCGGCGGGGGAGGGAGGGUUUGGGUAGCAGUCACCCGCCAGCUCUUUGCUGGUUUAUGAUUCCCACCACCACCACCAACCUGUUGCAGCAGCUCUCAGCCUUGCAACCAGGCUGUGCAAUCUGGUUAUUUUGCGGCCAAAAAAAUAAUUAUUCCUGGGACUUUUUUGGUGCUUUGUUUUUUUGGAGUUUAGAGGGGGAUUUUUCCCCACCCCUCCCUUAAAACACCAACUUCGCCUCCUCGCUCCUGCCCGCGCCUGGAAGAUGCUCCUGACCCUCUGCCUGCUGCUGGGCAUAUGCCUGGGCUGCUCCCAGGGCCUGGGCUCCUUCGUGCACUGCGAGCCGUGCGACGAGAAAGCCCUGUCCAUGUGCCCGCCCAGCCCGGCGGGCUGCGAGCUGGUGAAGGAGCCGGGCUGCGGCUGCUGCAUGACCUGCGCCCUGGCCGAGGGGCAGCCCUGCGGCGUGUACAGCGAGCGCUGCGCCCAGGGGCUGCGCUGCCUGCCCCGCCAGGGCGAGGAGAAGCCCCUGCACGCGCUGCUGCACGGCCGGGGGCUCUGCCGCAACGAGAAGAGCUACCGGGAGCAAGCCAAGCUGGAGCGGGAAUCCCGCGAGCACGAGGAGCCGACCACCUCGGAGAUGGCAGAGGAGACCUUCUCGCCCAAGGUGUACCGCAAGCACGGGCGCCUCUCCGAGCUCAAGGCCGAGGCCCUGAAGAAGGAUCGCAGGAAGAAGCUGACCUUGUCCAAGUUCGUCGGCGGGGCGGAGAACACGGCGCAUCCCCGGGUCGCCGUCCCUGAGCUGAGGCAAGAGUUCGAGCUGGGCCCUUGCCGCAGGCAGAUGGAGGCUUCGCUGCAGGAAAUCAAAACCAGUGAACGAAUGAUCCCACGAGCCGUUCACCUUCCCAACUGCGACCGGAAGGGAUUCUACAAGAGGAAACAGUGCAAGCCGUCCCGGGGGCGGAAGCGCGGGCUGUGCUGGUGCGUGGACAAGUAUGGACUGAAACUGCCGGGGACCAAUUACGUGGCGGGCGACCUGCAGUGUCACAGCUUUGACAGCGGUGUCACCGAGUGAAGGGCCUGCGCCAUCCCCCCGCCCCCUGCCCCCACGCCUCCCCACGUCCCGGGACUCCGAACCCUUUCAUCUCAUUUCGAAAAACGAAAGAAAUUGAGGACCUCGGAAUCUGCAGCGCGUCCUCGCCAGCUCGGCGGCGGCGGCUAACGGAGAAGAGGAAAGCAGAAGUCAAACCGGCACCGCCUUCCCAGUACAGACCCUCCCAAAACUGCUCUCGACUCCCCAUGCAGGGACGCAGCCAACGUAGGCAUCGACUUGGGGGCUUUUCUAUUGUGGGUUUGGUUUGGUUUGUUGAUAUGGGGGAGGGUGUCUUUUUUUGUUUGUUUUGGUUUUUAGACUAGCCAGCAACUUUCUAAACGGUCUCCAGCAAAACCAGACAAAGCCCCACGUUGAGGCACACGUCCGUCGCUCAGCCCUUGUGUUUGAGUGGCUUGUUUGGCACUGCCAGAGUGAAUAUUGACCCUCCACUGGCGCUAAAAGUCCUUUGAUAUCUCUAUAGAGAGAGAUGCACAGCUUUCAGGGCAGUCGGGGUCUAGAACAUUGUUGGAAACGGGUUUGCAUUUCUUUAGUCAGGGGAUAACAGCUCCUGCCGGCAAAAAAUAGUGGUGGCUCCUUUAAAAAAAAAAAACAGCCCAAAGAUAACCAGUCACCUUUGGUCUGACCCAGUCUGGCCAUUCUUACGUCCUGUAGACAUGAACGGGCCCCCCACCCACACAGUGUAACUUUACUCACAGGUGCAGUCCAAGAGACAGCUGUGCUUAAAUGGCUGUGGGAUCGGGCUCAGAAAUCUUUACCACCUUCUGCCAGGACGGGAAAAACGAAUGCUAUUGUCCCUGCCCAUCUAAAGAAUCGUUUGCCCAAAUGCAAACCUCUCUCUUCUUCUCUUGCAAUGGUAAGAUUCAAAUGUCAAGUCUCUCCCCCUGCAAGGAGCUCCAUAGGCGCCUAGGCCCCGGCAGAGCUUAUUGUGGGAUCAGUGCCGUAACUUGGCCAGGACUGUUUGGCCAGCUCGUCAGCUGUUGUGACUCACACCACGGAAGCCACUGAUCUGACCAACUCAAGCGGCAUCUUCAGGUGUGGCCAGAUCACUGCAGCCUUUGGACUUGUGUAUUUUUUAACUCUUGGGACCGUUUUCUUUCCCCCCCCCUACUUUCACCACGACAAGGGUCUUUGUUAAGGUCACUCCCAAUGAGACUCCGCAGCAAAGAGGACGGGGCGUUUGGCUGACUCCCUGCUUUGGCGAACUACCGGUGCUCAAGCUGUCACUAUCCAUUGCUGUGUCGCUAAGGAUGCGGACGCGCCCACCGAAAGAGCUAGGCCCCACCCCAUCCUGGCAGAGGCUACGACUGGCUCAGGCAGCGUGCUAAUUAGAGAUAUGAAGAGUGCGACGGUUUCUUCCCUGUGCCAGCUGGGACAGGCCCUGCUGCGGGCUGAUCCUCGGGAAAACCAGCGUGACUCCCGCAACACACUAGCACAGAUCAAAGGGAACCAAGGAAUCUCCCCGAGAUAGACUGGCUACUGCGUGACCGGGAGUGUGUGGUUUCUUCCUCGACCUUCCCAGAGGAGCGUGAGCCUGGCAUUGCGGGUCUGGGCGGUGCCUCCCUCCCCCACCAGGCUUUGGGCAGUGGUGGGGGGAGCGGUUGCCCUGCUGGUUUUGCUGAGCGGAGCAGAGGGUUUUGCCCCAUGAGAGACUGGCAGGGAGUCUGUGUGUGUGUGCCAGCGCGCCCUGUCCGUGCCUGAGGCCGUGCUCCCAACACCAGAGCAUGCCAUGCUCACGGAGCCUGAUUCUCAGUUCCCCAGGCAUGUGCUCAGGGCAGAGGGCGCCUUGUAUUCUAGGGCUGGGCAGCCCCCAGGGUCAGGUAGGGCAGCCUCAGGGCUGCUCUGGCUUACACUCUGGCCCCAGUGCAGUGUGCUCUGGCCACCUUUCCUCCCACGGCCAGCUGGAGACGCAGCACCUGGCAUUGUGCAGAGGGGCCACAGUGUGACCAGGAAUCAGGCCCAGGUGAGGGAAGCAGAGACUUAGACUGAGAAACUGGCAGUGAUUUGAGAGCGGAAAGCACCCCAAAUGUCUUUCUCCUAUCACCAGGUGGCACCAUUUCCCAGGGCAAGGCUGGCUGCGCAGGUCCGCGGGUCUCCGUCCUGUGGGCCUUGCCAUAUGAGAUGUGUCCCCUCUCUGCCCACCCACAGCCUGGUUCUCAGAAUGGUCCAUGGACUCCCCCGCCCCCCCCCACACACCCCCUAGCUCUAGUGCAGGGAGAUGCAGAAAGCUCACGACACUUUUCCCUCGCCCUGCCCGCGUCUACCAGGCUGCCAGCCAGAUGCGUGCGGGGGACGCAGGGCCACCCCAGGGUACUCAAUAGAGUUACAGGAGGCAGGGAUUUAUUCCACACAUGGCCACGGAUAGCACAGCCAUUUGGACCUCCCCCACUCCCCCCCCCCCCCCGCAUGAAGCAUCAAAACCAGGCCACCCAGCAGCCCUGGGCAUCUCUCCAGCUUGUCCUGGAAGCUCUGGGUUCUUGAAGGGACAGAUGAGCACACGCUGCUACGGCCGUGUCCGGCCGGGGAGCCCGAACAGGUCAACGUUUCAAGGCAUUUGGCGUUGGUGGGCUGGGUCAGUCCAUUGGAAAUGGAAAGAAGAGGGGAUGUUUGCCAAAGUCACACCGAUAACCUGAUCUGGCUCAGCUCCCUGCCCCCAGGAGCAGACCCAGGGUGAUCCCACCUUGCUCCGGAGGUCACUGUGUGCAUUAUAGGCGAGCCACAGCCUUGGAGAAUGGGGUUGCUGGCAGAGAAGAGAGCACAGGGGCCAUGUGCACCCCAAAGAGGGACGGACUGCGCCAGCUAAGCUCUUGCACGGGGAGGCAGUGCCCCCAUCAGCCUGGCUUGGCCAGUCCCUCUGCCACGGGCCUUCCCCAAGUGACCCCCAAGUCCUGACUGUUUUAGGCCAGUACCCACCUUCCUCCCUUCUUGUGCGCUCUCGCCCUUGCUUGUUCGUUUGUCUUGCUGUGGGUUCAGUCCCCGAAACUUGAAAGCUACGAAAGCCUGUUCGGGCAGGGCUGGGCUGGGGUGUCGCCGUGUCUGCACUCAGCUAGGAAUGGCAGCUACUGGCUGAGGGGGGCUGUCACCUCCCAACUGUUCCUUAUAGCUCGCACCCUGAGACCUUUUAUUGAUGGGGCAAAGGUGAGUCUAAAUGUGGCUCUCGGCUACCCCAGGGUCGAGCCCCAAGCCACUGCAGUCAGUAGCACAGCUCCCUUUGCUUUUACUGGGGGGAGAACUUGGUCCUCAUUUCUGUGCUUUCGGCAGCGUUUACAGUGGGGGGCGAGAAAAGGACUGUCUCCGUGGCUGCAGUGGGAUCCCCCCACUGUACACACCCUGGGGGAAGGAGGGGGAAGUAGAGAAAUGAUGGGCCUGGGUCAGCAGCCUAGGAAAAGCCCUCCAAGGCUCUCCAAGCUAAAGGACAGAUGGCAGCAAGCCGACUCUCAGCUGAGUGUUGUCUCCUGUCCCAUUGGCUGCUGCCCCAACCCUGAAUGGCGCCCCCGCCCCCGCUUGUACUGGGCGGCCACGGCAGUUCUGGUGGGAGGAACAACCCCGGGCCACCGUGUUCCUCCAGCCUGAGUGGCUCUGGGGGUUGGCGCUAGCUGGGGGCGCUACAGCUGGCCAAAAGCCAGUACUCUUCUGCCUCAGUUUCCCUCCCCUGCUGAAGUGAUCCCCUGUGUGUCUGUGAGCUCAGCCCUGGGGGGAGGCACAGCCAGCCAUUGCCCCAUGUUACGGCUGCCAGUGGGAUCCCAGCGCCCUCCCCCCUGCCCCCAAAGCAUUAAAACUGCCCAUCGGCCUGCAUUCUGCAGCCUGCCGUCACUCAUUGAGGGCCUGGAAAAGGGAUUGAGGCUGGAGCAGAUUCAGGCUGUCCCAAGGCCUUCUGUUCCCUGGGACCCCAGCAAGCGCACAGUGACUGGGGUGGAGGGGUGCAAUCCCCCCCCACUAGGGAUCAGCAUAGGGACCCUUCCCCCACAAUGAGAGUCUGAGUGGGCCAGCCCAGGAACCAGGAACGCAGUGGAGACACAGCCCCUCAGGUGCUUCGCCCACACGGAGCUGUGGGUCUCUGCCAUCAUUGCUCACAGCCACAUGGUCCCCUUUGGAGGAGCCCGGGGCUGAGCCCAGAGAGAGGACGAUGCCCGGCUGCACAGAAGGGCCAACAAUAAAUACUCCCCAGGGCCGGGACUGUUUGAAAACUGCACUAAGAUUUGCUAAGCGGGAUCACGCCAUGUCCUGGGAAAUGGUGACCCUCACACCCUGCCCUGGGAAAGGAGUUUGCUUUGGGGGAGCGGUUUGGGGUUUUUUAAUGGUGGAUCGAGCAAACCCAGACGGGAAGACUCCCGCCAGUAACAGCUUAACCCCCGGGGGCUCUGAGGCACAUUUCACCUUUCAGUGUUUUUCGAGCCUGAAUCUGUGCCAAUGAAACAAGCGUGGGGGGUGGGAGGGAAGGGGAUCUAAUAGGGUUCAGAUUGAAAGCAAGGCAAGGGCUUGGUGGUGAGCAGGGUUAUUCCACAUCUGGGCUGCAGCAGGCAGUCUUACUUUAAAACCACUAGUACAAGAGCAUUUUGCACUAUUUUCCACUCUCUCUUUCGGUUGUUUUUUCCCUAAUGGAGUGUGUCUAUUUAAACAAGCGACAAUUCCCCUUGAUUCCAGCCCUCCCCGUACCAGCACCUUGGCUCGUCGUCCAGUGCACUGCACUGCCUCUUGCCCCCCUCGCCACGCCACGCCGGCCUUGGUACAGCCCGUCCACAUGCAGUUAUCUACCAUUAUAGUACAGUUGUUAACACACCAGAUUCCGAGAUGUCUGCCUGGUUUUUAAUCUUUAAGCAAUACUCACUACACAUUUUACAGUAGCUUUUUAUAGCUUUACAUACAUACAGUAGCUCUGGUUUUUUUUUUGUUUUUGUUAUUGUUUUUCCAGUAAAGACAUAUAGAUAAUCGUACUGGUGGGGAAAAAAAAAAAAAAAGCAGUUUGUGAAAAACUGACAAUGGAUGAGGAGCUUAAUGCUCUGUUUUGUACUUUUAAAAACAAAUCUCACGUUUUAUUAAAAAGUGAAGAUUGCUGUAUACUAUUUAUUCAACGUAUAAUUUAUGUUACUCUUUGAUCUUUGUCUUUUCUCAUGGCAAAGCAUUUAUUUAAUAAAGUUAUGCAUUCAGUUAGCGCGAG